AGUAUUUGUUACAUAUCUGUGCUGUGAGCAUGUAUUAUAGUUAGGUGAAUUGAGUAAUGUUUUAAUUGUUUAAAUAUUCAGAGAUUAAACACUAAAACAUUGGAUACAAACACAAUGGAGUACGCAUACUAUAGGAUAUAUGCGUAUAUAUUAACAAUAACAAUGCACAUCGGGAAUCUAGUUUAUUUGGCUGUUUUUAUACAGCCACAUAUGAUAAAUCCAGAUCUACUGAUAUUAAAGAACCUACAACCUAGAUUUUUUACUAUAUGGACUGUGAUAAUACAAAUGUUCUACGCGUUGACGUGCCUUAUUUUUGAUGUGUGGGAGUUAAAAAACCGCGAGAGGAAAGGAUACCAACUGUCAAAAUACCUUAGAGGCUUCAGAGAUACAUUAUUUGCUAGUGUGUUGUGGCCUGCAUGCUGGGUUGUAUCAAUCGUGUUCUGGUCACUAAGUCUAUACGACAAAGCGUUAAUAUUCCCAAACAACACAGACAAACUCUUGAAUCCGAUAUCAAACCACAUUAUGCACACAGUUAUAAUACCUUUGGCUGUGUGGGAACUCACGUACAGGCGUAGGAUACAGCCACGCACACAUAGGAAGUAUUUCUAUCACAUGGUCUUCUUCUUCGCGUUGUAUUUCGUUGUUAUCACAUACACAUACUUUGAAAGAGGCAUAUGGAUCUAUCCCGUUUUCUCAAAAUUCUACGGGACUCUAUACUUCCCGCUCAUCCACACGGCGAUAAGCGGGAUAGCACUAUCCGCGUAUUUCUUGCAAUGGCCGCUGACAGACUACAUUUGGCGGGAAAGCAGAACUGUCAAAAAAGUCUCGUAAAUGUGAAAUAGAAAAAUAAAUAAGAUACUUUUUAUAGUU